UCAGCGCCAAAGUAACAAAUUUCAUUGGCUAUUUGGGUGGAGUGUGUUGCACGAAAUGGAGGGGCACGACAGCUUCUUCCUCUUAAUUCAACAACAACCAUCCCGAUCACCUUAUUCGGUCUGCUACUUGAGCCAUCAUGGAUCAGUCUCAUACAUCUCAAGAGCCUUUAAAAGGUUCCGAUACCACAUUUGGAACCGUGAAAUUGAGCAACUCGCCAAUAACAGCCCCCUCCUCGUACAUCCGGUCCCUGUCAUCCAAGAGUAGCUGCUCAAAAAUCAUAGACGCGUUUAACGUAUGGCUUCACGUUCCGAUCGACAUCGUGGAUGUCCUCAAACAAGUCUGCGAGGACCUGCACAACGCCUCAUUAAUCCUGGAUGACAUCCAAGAUGAAUCUCCCCUCCGACGAGGAAACACGGCCACACAUCUCGUCUUCGGUACAGCGCAGGCUAUCAAUGGUGCAAACUACAUGAUCAUUCAAGCUACGAAAACUAUCAAUUCUCUCAAGAAUCCAGCGAUGAUGAUGUCGUGGCUGGAUGAUCUCGAAAACCAGUUUGUCGGACAGAGCUGGGACGUCAAAUGGCGGGAUGAAAUGCACUGUCCGAGCGAAGAGGAGUAUUUCGCUAUGAUUGAUCUCAAAACUGGGAUUGUGAUUAAGAAAAUCCUCCGGUUGAUGCAGGCUGCCAAGAACGAUGAUGGUGCUCAUCUUGAUCGUCUGGCUCAGCUUCUCGGGCGCUGGUAUCAGAUCCGUGACGAUUAUAUGAAUCUCCAAGGAGCGGAGUAUACGAGGGGCAAGGGGUUCUGCGAGGAUCUAGAUGAGGGGAAGAUCUCCUUGAUGCUUGUCAAAUGCUGUCAUUCGAGUCCCGUGAAUCGAGAUAUCAUCAUGGGCAUCUUCCGGAAUCGGUUGGGAUCGAGACAGACUCCGCUGCCUGUGGAAUGUAAGAUGCAGAUUCUGAACAUGAUGGAGAAGAGCGGGGCGCUUCAACAGACAUGGGAAUUGAUAAUGGCGAUGAAGAAAGAGAUCGAAGAGGAGAUCGGAUGUGUGGAAGUGCAUUUUGGGGAGGAGAAUGCCAUUUUUAGACUGAUGGUGACUGCAUUGGGGGAUGUUCCUGCACCUUGAAUGAAUAAUUGAUAUUCUAUGAUAUGUCAAAGAGAUUCACAUUCCUGGCGAACUGACUAUAUCUGAUAUUGCAUUCCUCGUGCAUAUCACAUGC